AAAUUUUGCAACUUCCAAACGAGUUUCAAAAGCCGGUUCAGAGCAACAGCUUCCCGGUUCGGAGCAGUUAAUCGUCAUUUGUGGCGCCAAAAAGGGGCAGACAAAAAAUAAAAAAUAAAAAUUCAAAGCAAGUAAUACACUCCAAAAUCACCCUUUUGUGUGGAAUGAGAUGGUGGAUCUUGAUCUGCAUUCCUUGGCCCGCCAACUGGGAUCGUGCAACAACUACGGCUCCAUCUACCGAGGAAGACAGCUUCACAUCCUUUUCCUCAAAUCUGGCGUUCUCCAUUCUGUUCUUUCAAUUGGAAACCGUCUUCUACAGAUGUAUUCUAGGUGCAACAGCAUGAGGGAGGCGCAGCAACUGUUUGAAGAAAUGCCGAAAAGAAAUUGUUUCUCUUGGAACACUAUGAUUGAAGGGUAUUUGAAAUCAGGGAGCAAAGGGAAGUCACUAGAGUUGUUUGAUUCAAUGCCCCACAAGGAUGCUUUUUCAUGGAACGUGGUCAUUUCGGGUUUUGCAAAAGAGGGUGAUUUGGAGGUUGCCCGGCGUUUGUUCAAUGAGAUGCCUUGGAAGAAUGGGAUUGCUUGGAAUUCGAUGAUUCAUGGUUAUGCCUGCAACGGUCGCCCAAAAGAAGCUGUUGGGUUGUUUAAGGAUUUGAGUUUGAAUCCGCUGGAACGGUUAUGUGGGGAUACGUUUGUUCUGGCUACAGUUGUUGGUACUUGUACCAAUUUGGGGGCUCUUGAUUGUGGGAAGCAAAUACAUGCUCGCAUUGUUGUUGAUGAAGUGGAAUUUGACUCAGUCUUGGGGAGUUCCCUUGUUAAUUUGUAUGGGAAAUGUGGGGAUAUCGACAGUGCAAAUCAUGUUUUGAAUUUGAUGAAGGAGCCAGAUGCAUUCUCUUUAUCUGCAUUGAUGUCAGGAUAUGCAAGUUGUGGUAGAAUGAAUGAUGCAAGAAGAAUUUUUUGUUUGAAAAGUAACGCAUGUGUGGUGUUGUGGAACUCCAUGAUUUCUGGAUAUGUAGCCAAUAAUGAAGCAUUAGAAGCACUAGAGCUCUUUAAUAAUAUGCGAAGAUAUGGAGUUCAGGAAGACUACUCUACUUUUGCCAGUGUUUUGAGUGCAUGCAGUACCUUAGGUAUUAUUGAUCAGGGUAAACAAGUGCAUGCUCAUGUUUAUAAAGUUGGGUUCACUAAUGACAUUAUCAUUGAUAGUGCUCUUGUUGACAUGUAUUCUAAGUGCAGAAGGCCUGAUGAUGCUUGCAAAGUAUUUAGUGAUCUUCAAGCCUAUGACACCAUCUUGCUCAAUUCUAUGAUAACCGUGUAUUCCAAUUGUGGAAGAAUUGAUGAUGCAAGGCAGAUCUUUGCUACCAUGCCAAGUAAAAGCUUGAUCUCAUGGAAUUCAAUGAUAGUGGGUUUCAGUCAAAAUGCUUGUCCAAUUGAAGCAUUAGACCUUUUCUGUGAGAUGAAUAAACUGGGCCUGAGGAUGGACAAGUUUAGCCUGGCUGGUGUGAUCAGUGCCUGUGCUAGCAUCUCUUCACUUGAGCUUGGUGAACAGAUUUUUGCUCGGGCUACUAUCAUCGGACUUGAAUUUGAUCAGAUCAUUUCCACCUCCCUUGUGGAUUUCUAUUGUAAGUGUGGCUUAGUUGAACAUGGGCGAAAACUGUUUGACAGAAUGAUGAAAUCUGAUGAAGUCCCAUGGAACUCUAUGUUGAUGGGUUAUGCUACAAAUGGCCAUGGAAUUGAAGCCUUGAAUGUAUUUGAUCAAAUGAGAAGUGUGGGUGUACAACCCACUGAUAUUACAUUUGUUGGGGUUCUGUCUGCCUGUGAUCAUUGUGGGCUGGUUGAAGAGGGUCGAAAAUGGUUUUAUGCAAUGAAACUUGACUAUCAUAUUAACCCAGGGAUUGAGCACUACUCUUGCAUGGUUGAUCUAUAUGCUCGUGCAGGUUUGCUUGAGGAUGCAAUGAAUCUUAUUGAACAAAUGCCAUUUAAGGCAGACGCAAGCAUGUGGUCAUCAGUAUUGAGGGGCUGUGUAGCUCAUGGGAAUAACAUUCUUGGGAAGAAAGUUGCAAAACGAAUUAUUGACCUUGACCCUGAGAAUUCAGGUGCUUAUGUGCAGCUGUCUGGCAUAUAUGCCACUUUUGAGGACUGGGGAAGAUCGGCACAGGUUAGAAAGUUGAUGUAUGAUAAGAAAAUACCAAAGGUACCUGGUUGCAGUUGGGCAGAUAGUUUAACUUCGUGAUGACUGACAUGUCUUCUUGAAGGGAGAUACUUUAUUCCCAAAAGGAGGAAACAGUAUAUUUUUGCAGGGUGGCAUCAAUAUUUGAUCACUUUGAACAAACUCAUACCCCAAUGUUCCAAGUGGUAAUCACAGGAAGCCAUGUUUUGGGGUGGAGUAUUUUAUCAUGCCAUGAAAUUUUAUUAUUGCCAUCGACAAAGGAGUUGCUCAUGCAAUUGUGGCCAUCUAUCUUCCUUUAUCUGGUUCACUGCUUUAGCACUGAGAAACCCAGCCACCAGCCAUUAAGCUCACAAUGGACAAUUCCCAUUAAGCAUCCUCUGGAAAAAUCCAUGUCUAUGCAGCAGACCUAUAUGUUGAUUAGGGCAAUACAUAGGAUCAGAAGACCAACUGAGCUUCUACCGCAAGUCCUCAUGAUAAUGUGCCAAUGAUGAUGCUGUUCCCCAUAUUUGAUUAAGCACCGGUCCUUCACAUGCUUCAUGGACUGGAAUUGCAAGAACACCUGAUUGGAUCCCUCGUCCUGUGGCUCCUGAAGGAGAUGAAAUGCCUAGUGACCUUGCCCACCAGCUCAAAGUCCUCAUGAUAAUUGUUUUUAAUGGUUAAUUGGAGUUUGUCAGAAGAACAGUAGAGUUGAAGGUUGGACAGAGCUACUGUUUACACUGGCCCUUAUUUCAGUGAUGUAUGUAUUCAUGCUAUUAAGAAAUGAGAUAUGAUGACAACUUCACAUUCAAUGA